AUGGCGAACAAGGCCGUGCACUGGGGCACUGAGGGCAGCGUUUCCGAUAUAUCAUCCGAUAUUCUCGCCACUUCCAGUCUCGAUUAUAUCAACUCUCAGCUCAUUGCGCAUGGAUUUGUGCCAACACCAGGCCUCUCUCUCGAUGGCAUUGCUCCCGCCGACCUCGACCGGGUCGUGAAAUGCUUGCUGGGCAUGCUAAGCCAGCGAGUGGAAGAUAUGGGUCGAACUGAGGAUCUCACUACGAAACUCCGCACACUAUCCUACGACCAUGAACGACUCACAACUAUGUACCGUGCAGCGGCAGACACGGCGGCGAGUGCAGAGCGAGAAGUGAACCUCUACAAGUCUCGAUUAACCGCAACAACCCGUCUCCUCCAGUCUUCUGAAUCUUCGCACAAGCAAACAACUCUGGAGCUCCAACGAGCACGCUCAGCGCUUCAAUCCGUUCGCGCCACCCACCAUGCAGAAUUGAAGAAGAAAGAGAGAGAGAUGGAGCGCAUGGCGGAACGGUGGACAAAACUAGCUGAUAUACAGACAAAGGUUGGUGGGGCAGCCAGUGGAUUAAAGUGUUCAAACUUGAAGGCGGUGGAGAGGGCCGGAAUAGAAGUGUUGACCGGUCCUCCUCUCCACGAUAACGCGCUUCAACAGAGUGAAGAAGCGCGGCGACGACUGGCAGAGGACAACCGUCAACUCCGAGGGCUACUUCUCAGUGCGGUCAAUGAGACACAGGCAAUGCUUCAUCAAGCUCGGCCCGCAGAGAGGGAAAAGGAAGAAGAGCCACUACCACUCACCAGUCAGACACUCUUCCCUAUGGCAUCGGCUGACGCGGCAAACGAAAAACUGUCCUCAUUGCUCUCAGCUGUACGAGAAGCGGUCAACAAACCCUCGACACCAGUACCAGCACAAUCCUCGAUUACACCCUCACCUUCAUCCUCAGAUGGCGAGAUUGAGCGACUGAAACGAACAAUAUCUCGGCUAAAUCAUGAUGUUGAACGGUACCAGAAAGAAUUGUUGACUCAGGCGACGGAGACACAAGAAAUACUGGAACAAUUUGCCAACGACCCUCGUGUCGAUGGCGACGUUGGCGAAAAUAGUGUUGAGCUGAUGAUUGGGCCAGAAAGGGAUGCUGAGAGGGAACGGCUGGAGAGGAUCAAGUCCCAGUUGGAUGUCGAACGCAACAAAUUCACAGAGGCAACGCUUAGGCUGGGCCACGAGAGGGCAUCGGUAGAGGCAGACCGCAUUAGGUUGCAGGAUGAAAAACGAACAUGGGAGGUUGAAAGACUACUCGCCGAGCUACCUCCAACGCCUAAUCCUGGUACGGACGCAGGAGCGACAGCAGAACCCGUUCGAAAUUCACCCCGAAAAUCGCCAGGGAAAGUAUUCACUGUCGGCGCCAGUCGCAAGACUGGCCGCAUACCAAAACGAUCAUUAGCCCCCCCUCCACGAGCGAAAAUUGAGCCUGCAUUUGAGACGGAGGUCAUACCUGGCCCCUCGUCCUUACUACCAACAUCAUUCGUAUUGCCUCCCCCCUCACCAUAUUCCGCCUUUCCUCCGCCUACACCCCUCCUCCUGUCGUCCGCGCCAAUACCUAGCCUUCUGGAUACCCUUGCUGCCUCUUCGCCUUCGAGUUCUGAAGCACUAAGUGUGCCGCCUGUAGCCACGCCUGCAAACCCAUUUCCAAUAGCGAAACCCUUCAUUCCGCGGAUGAUCCACGCCUACUCCCCUGCCAAGCCCAGUCCACUCAGUCGCAUUUUAUUGAUGAGCCAACGAUCCCCUGCGUCGCCAGAAGAAGCCGCUGGACUGGGUUUUGGACUGUCCACGUUUGGUUUGGGAUUAGGAGCUACAACCAACACUCCAUUGCUGCAAUUAGAAUCCCUACCUGAGGAAGGAUUCAGCGCAUUAACGGAGGAUGAGUUGUUCCCUGCUGUUGCAGUUGUUCCCCCACCCCCAACAGAGCCAAAACGACAAUUGAGUUUGGCAGAAGAGCUGGGUGUAUCAGAGUCGCCGCCUGAGAGUCCGGCUGCCGUUGCAGGACCGAGUCGAGUUGUUACAUCGUCUCGUGGCCUUUCUCGGGUACCCCCGACAGAACGUUAUUCUACAACGGAGAAAGGCAAAGAGAAGGAGAAGGAAAACGGGCUGAAAGGUCGCACUGGCUCUAGCAUUCGACGGAGAGUUGUGGCGAGCGUUGCACCUUCAAAAGCGACAAGCUCUACGUUACCAAAAAUAGCGAGCACUGGUGGAAAAUUGAAAGCGGGAGGACCCGGCUCGGUUUCGCGUGCAAGGGUUAUGGCAAAAUUGCCUGUUUCUACGGCGUCUGUAACCAAGAAGGCCGCCAUAUCGUCAGCUGGCGCUCCAAGGAGAGUAUUACUGGAAAGUGCGGAAGCUGCGCAUGUUGUUCGAACGCGGAGUAGUUAA